GAACCAUGAAGUGGCUGCUCCUGCUUACCUUGAUGGCGCUCUCCGAGUGCACCACCUACAAGGUCUCGCUCACCAGAAAGAAGUCCUUGAGGCAGAACCUGAUCGAGAAUGGCAAGCUGAAGGACUUUCUGCAGAAUCACCAAUACAACAUAGGCAGCAAGUACUUUCCCUCGGAGGCCGCCACCUUGAUGUCCGACGAGCCCCUUCAGAACUACCUGGAUAUGGAGUACUUCGGCACCAUUGGCAUCGGAACCCCCGCCCAGGACUUCACCGUCAUCUUUGACACCGGCUCCUCCAACCUGUGGGUGCCCUCCAUCUACUGCUCCAGUUCUGCCUGCACCAACCACAACCGCUUCAACCCUCAGGAGUCCUCCACCUUCAAGGGCACCGGCAAGACGCUCUCCGUCGCCUAUGGCACCGGCAGCAUGACAGGCAUCCUUGGAUACGACACAGUCCAGGUUGGAGGCAUCUCCGACACCAACCAGAUCUUUGGCCUGAGUGAGACAGAGCCCGGCUCCUUCCUGUACUACGCUCCCUUCGAUGGCAUCCUGGGUCUGGCCUACCCCAGCAUCUCCUCCUCCGGGGCCACCCCUGUUUUUGACAACAUGUGGAACCAGGGUCUGGUUUCCCAAGACCUCUUCUCCGUCUACCUGAGCAAAGAUGAUGAGAGCGGCAGCGUGGUGCAGUUCGGUGGCAUCGAUUCUUCUUACUACACGGGAACCCUGAACUGGGUGCCUAUUUCUGUUGAGGGUUAUUGGCAGAUCACCGUGGACAGCAUCACCAUGGGUGGAGAGCCCAUCGCUUGCAGCAAUGGCUGCCAGGCCAUCGUUGACACCGGUACCUCUCUGCUGGCCGGCCCAACCAAUGCCAUUGCCAACAUCCAGAGCUACAUUGGAGCCAGUGAGGAUUCCUAUGGCAGUAUGGCGAUCAGCUGCUCCAGCAUCAACAGCCUGCCCGACAUCGUCUUCACAAUCAAUGGCGUCCAGUACCCUGUUCCCCCCACGGCCUACAUCCUGCAGAGCCAGGGAAGCUGCUCCAGCGGAUUCCAGGGCAUGAACAUCCCCACCACCUCCGGAGAGCUCUGGAUUCUGGGUGACAUCUUCAUCCGCCAGUACUACACUGUCUUUGACAGGGCCAACAACCAGGUCGGCCUGGCUCCCGUGGCCUGAGCCCGAGUCUUUCCGGCCACUUCCCAGGAAGAUCCCGCCCUGGUUUCUGUGCCUGUUUGUUCUUCGAUGUAGAUAAUUCUCCUGAUUGUUCUUCCUCUGGGACUGUGGAGGUGGAAUCUUGGCCGUUCCCUGUCACACCAAUAAC